AAGCGAGAGUUUGAGGCGAGAAGACCUUGCAAAACGGAUAAUUCAUUGUUUACAACCGAAGUGAAAGGCGAAGAAAAAGAAGAAGAAAAGCAAAGUUUAAACCGUAGAAUUCAAAUUGCAUUGAAACGUUUUUUUUUCUGCUAAAUAAAUAAAAAGAAUUCUAAAUUCGAACAAAUUAGGAAAGAGUGCAAAGUAAAGUGCGCGAAUAUUUUUGGAAAUAUAAUUUGCAAAGUGCAAAAAGAAAUGUAUUUAAAUACACAAAAAAUGAGUUUACCCAGGACAUUACUAGCCGUGUUGCUCAGCUAUGUCACACUGGACACACUAGUGGCGCCACAGCAAAUGCAGGUGCAAGGCUAUGCCAUUGGACAGUCAAAGUAUGGGCGCAUAGAGAAAUUUCCCUAUCAAGUCAUGUUGAUUGGCAAACAGUUGUGGCGCAAACGCAUACUCUGCGGUGGCACAUUACUCAAUCAGCGUUGGAUACUCACUGCCGGUCACUGCACCAUGGGCGUCACACAUUUCGACAUCUAUUUGGGCGCACUGACCAUUGAAGAUGCCGCCGAAACGGGUCGCCUGGUAUUGCGCUCCAACAAAUUCAUUGUACACGAACAUUUCAAUCCCGAAACCGCCGCCAAUGAUAUAGCGCUGGUCAAGCUGCCCAUUGAUGUGGCAUUUACAGCGCGCAUACAACCUGCUAUACUGCCAUAUGUCAAUCGCAAUGAUCCACUCACCGGCGCCAAGGUAGUGGCCACCGGUUGGGGUGCCAACAGCGAAAUGUCCAAUUAUAAUCCCAUGCAAUAUACCGAGCUGCGUGUGAUAUCCAAUCAGGAAUGUGCAAAUGAAUUUGAUGUGAUCACAAAUGGUGUGCUCUGCGCUAAAGGCUUGCGCGAUGAGACAGUAUGCUCCGGCGACUCUGGUGGUCCGUUGGUGUUGAAGAAUACACAAGUGGUGGUGGGUAUCACCAGUUUUGGACCAGCCGAUGGUUGUGAGACAAAUAUUCCCGGUGGUUUUACGCGUGUCACGCAUUAUUUGGAUUGGAUUGAAGUCAAAACGGGCAGAUUGAGUGAAAGAGUGCAACAGCAAAGACAACAGCAAUUGCAGCUGCUGAGGCAACAACAACAAGUGCAGCAAGUGCAACGUCUACAACAGUUGCCACAAGCGUCAAUGCGCGGCGUCGUGCGUGUUAAUGAGAAUGUCGUGUAAUAUCGGGUUUUAGCACGAGAGAAAGGGAUUUGGGGUUUUCAAAACACAAAAUUUUUUAGGGGGGUAUAAAAAAAUUCGUAUUUCGACUGACUGAUGUAAACAAAGCUUUAAUUAGUGAUUUUUAGCUCGUAUUUAUUAUUAUUUAUAAAUUAUGUAAAUACUUUCGUUCCAAAAAAAAAAAAAAAAAAAAAA